ACGGCACAUACGCCGGAAAAGUCUCGCGCCGCCGCCUCCGGUCGAGGAUUCCCCCCAAGUCACUUCCCAGUUUCCUGCUACGCGCGCCAAACCGACCGCGUUAUUAUUUCAUCUACUAGUCCCGCGACGCACGCAAUUUUUCAUUCCACGUAGAAAUACGUAACGUUCGUUUUCGGCCGUGUCGUGCUAAACGCGAGCGUGACGAUCCGAGCUCCGUCUGAAAUAUCCGGAGCCGUCCAUUCGGAACGGAACACUUCGUAAAAGGAUCCAGACUCUCUACGAACUCCUCAUUGCUCCGAUUCCACGCGCGAGAAAAGAAACAGGAGCAGAUCGUCCUCGUUCUUCCUUUGAGUCAUUUCAACGGAACGCCAGCCAGCCGGAAUUCCGGAAAUUCCAACGAGUCCAAAAACCCGAAGUGACUUACACGCGGAGUGCUGGGAGAGCUCGGAAUCGGACUUUUCAGACACUGAGGACUCAAAUGAGUUAGGGGCCAACGUGGGCCCCGAGAUCGCCACAAUGGACACUAUAGACAGUGUCAACAAACGACAAGCCACUCGUGUCUUCAAGAAGUCCAGUCUCAAUGGCAAAAUCACGGUUUACCUUGGCAAGAGAGAUUUCGUCGAUCACAUCACACAUGUCGAUCCUAUUGACGGGGUCGUUCUGAUCGAUCCUGACUACAUAAAAGACCGAAAAGUGUUUGGUCACGUCCUCGCGGCGUUUAAAUAUGGCAGAGAGGAUCUGGACGUCCUCGGGCUGACCUUUCGUAAGGACCUCUACCUAGCGGCAGAACAGAUUUACCCGGUGCUUCAAGGAUCUCAACCCCCCAGGGAGCUGACGCGAUUGCAAGAGAGGUUGAUCAAGAAGUUGGGCAGCAAUGCGUACCCCUUUUACUUCGAAUUACCACCCCACUGCCCCGCUUCGGUUACUCUGCAACCGGCACCAGGUGACACCGGCAAACCCUGCGGUGUCGAUUACGAAUUGAAAGCGUUCGUAGGUGAAACGCAAGACGACAAACCGCACAAACGGAGUUGCGUGAGAUUGGCGAUCAGGAAAAUUAUGUACGCGCCAUCGAAACAAGGCGAGCAGCCCUCGGUGGAGGUCAGCAAAGAGUUCAUGAUGUCCCCGAACAAGCUACAUCUGGAAGCCUCGCUCGAUAAGGAGCUCUAUCACCACGGCGAGAACAUUGCUGUGAACGUGCACAUAGCGAACAAUAGCAACCGGACUGUGAAAAAGAUAAAAGUGUCGGUUAGACAGUUCGCGGACAUCUGUCUGUUCUCCACGGCGCAAUACAAGUGCACUGUCGCCGAGGCCGAGAGCGAUAUAGGGGUAGCGCCAGGAUUCACCCUGAGUAAGGUGUUUUCUCUAAGGCCGAUGCUUGCCGAGAACAAAGACAAGCGGGGUCUUGCUCUAGACGGUCAGCUUAAACACGAGGACACCAAUCUCGCGUCUAGUACAAUGGAGGGAUGCCCGGUGGGCCCGGGUUUCACGCUGAGCAAGGUGUUCACCUUGACACCCCUUCUGGCCAACAACAAAGAUAAAUGGGGGCUCGCCCUCGACGGCCAACUCAAACACGAGGACACCAAUUUGGCGUCCAGCACCCUUGUAGUUGACCCGGCGCAGCGUGAAAACCUCGGCAUAAUUGUCCAGUACAAAGUUAAAGUCAAACUUUGCCUCGGCGCUCUAGGAGGCGAAUUAGUCGCGGAACUGCCCUUCAUUCUGAUGCAUCCCAAACCGGAAGAAGAGGAACCAGUGCCGUCCACAGCUCGACCAAGCCCUACGCACAAAACUGACAGCGGGGAAGUUCCGCUCGAUACAAACCUCAUCCAACUAGAUACGGAGGCAGAUGGCGACGAUGAUAUAAUCUUCGAAGAUUUCGCUCGUUUGAGGUUGAAAGGCGAAACGGAAGCUUGACCGUGUUCCGCCGACACCUUGACACGUAUCGAUCAAGUGACUUUAACGCCACCAUGCCGCACGCAAGACGGAAGUUGCACAAUUUCGCCAAUGAUGCCAAUAGUAGCCAUGUCGCAGCAACAAACUUAAACGGUGUUAGUGUUCAACGACGUUACGGUUUGUUACUGCAGUAUCAUUGCUAUCCUCGAGCGCAAAGUGUCGAUAACGGUGUUCUAUCGUUUUGACACAUUUUAAAAUUUACUGCAGAAAUAGUUUAACGAAAGAAAGAAAAAAAAAGUUAUUAAAGAAAACGUAAAAGAAAUUGUGUAAGAGAAAAAUUCUACAAGCUGCUCACAUUUUUUGUGCAAUUUAAAAUUUUCACGUAAGAUAAAAGAACUGGAAAAUGCAAAUCGGAAAUGAUAUCGAGAAACUUCUUCUUUAACAAUCGCCAUUUUUACUGAUUGUCGAAAGUAAUAGGAAAUACGUAGAAAGUUGAAGUUUCUCAAUUGCAAAUUGUUUAACGGUGUUUUUUUUAUUUCUUUUUAAAUUAUCUUAUAUAUUAUGGCUGCGUUUGCUUUGAAGCAUCAUUCGUCUUUGUUUAAUAGUUGAUAAAAAGCACAAGAAUAAAAUAAAGUUUAAAUGAAAGCGCCAAAGCAAAUGCAACCUAUAUAUAUUAUUUAUGGAACAAUUAAUAAAUGAAAUAAUUAAACAAUUGAUAGAGCCAGUUUUUGAGGCACAUGUUUUUUCGUUUUAUAGUGAUUUUGAUUUGUUAAGAAAGUGCGGCGAAUUUUGUAACUGACAUUCGCGAAGUUUUCAUCAACGCCGUUGCUAAUUUUAUGCUCUGGCUCUAAAGACUGAUUUUAGGAAGAGCAUCCAAGAAUCUAGCCAAUGACGUAAAAUCCUUAACGAUAAAAGAAACAGCAGUUGCAAUCUAUGAAAGUCGGUAUAUUUCUUAUUCUCCAAGAAUUAUAAAUUGUUAUUAAUUUUGUUUAUUUUUGAUUAUAAUUAAUUAAUUAUGUGUUCAGAAAAUAAGAUCCAAUUACCGUAAAUAAUUCAAUUAAUUAUUUAAUCGAGAUAAUUUUACAGUUAAUUAAAUACAGGAUUGAUAUAAAACCGAGAAUGAGAUUCUUUAGAUUUAUAAGCCACGAUUGCGAUUUUUUCAACAUGGCCAGUACACUGUUUUUAAGUUACACCAGCGCACAGGAUAAACUUUGUGAAUUAUCAAUUUUACUUUUAUAAUGCCAAGUAAAUAUGUAUGUUAGUGCACAUUGCAAAAAUUGUGCAAAUCGGACGAGUGUAAGCGCUUUCUUACUCCUCGUGUAAAUUUCACAGAAGUAAUACCUAAUUUAUAUAUCGUUCACAAAUAAAGGACAAUUAGAUAUAUAAUUACAAAACUGUAUAAGAAAAAAAGGCUGUUUCAUAUUCAUUGCGUUUCUCCAGGAUGAAUAACUACAAUACUUCAUUUGCGACAACGAGGAAAAUGGUUUUAUAAAAGAAAUCUUAUUGAGAUUCUAGAAAGUCUAUUUAGAAGAAUUUAAUGCAAUAAUUUAAUCAUAUACUCGACAAGAUGCACAGAAAUGUAAAGAAAAGAGGAAAGAUGGCGUUUCGAGAUGCAGAUGUCAAUUCAUAGAUGUAUUUAUGCAUAAUUUGUACUUGGUAACGUUGUAAGAUUUGUCAUAUUAAUACGUUUCGUGUCUUGUUCCGUCUUACAACCAAUUAAGUUAAGAGCGCUGUCUGUCUAAUCGAUUGAACUCCGAUAUACAUUUUUAAGACUGCUCGAGAAAUGAAUUUUUGCACCUUGCAAUGAAAAAGGUUGCGUAAUCUCGACUCGCUUGUAUUUAAAAUAAUUAGCAAUUUAAAAUUGAUUGCCUAAUUAAAUAUCGGACACAAAAAUUUUUACUAUAAAAUUAAAAUACUAAAAUUUUAGUAAAAUCAUCGGAUAAACUUCAUCAUCCUAACCACUACAGUGAGUUACACGUGACUACAUUCUCAUUAUCUUUAUGAAAACUUUUUUAAAAAAUUCUCUUUUUUCUCAAAUUUUAAAAGUUGCUUUUGAUGUUGGUAUAGUGACAUUAUAUGUAAUCUCCUUGCUUUUUGACAUUUUAUGAUAGUUUAUUUUCUCUCAAUUUACCAAAUUUAUUCAAAAAUAUUUAAAAAAAAUUGUAUUUAAAAUUUAAACUUAAAUUAUAAUAAAUCUCUCAGAGUUAAAUCAUUAAAUUUUUGUUAAACAAAAGAUUUGUUAUAAACUAUUAAUUUCAAAUUACAAUAAAAUCAAGUCAACAACGGACAGUUCACGUUGGCAACGAAGACAAAUUGACAGUGACACUAAUUAAAAUGAUGGAAGUUGCAAAAUCACAAAAGCUGUAAACAGCAUUGUAAAUGUAUGCAUGCGUGCGUGUAUGUGUAUGUGUGUAUAUGUAUAUAUACACAUGUAGGAGGUAAAGAAAAAAAUAGUAUUUUUUAUCACUUUAGCAUUUACAAAUUGUAUCUAGACGAAAUAAUCAAGUAUGUGGUCUACACUUUCUUCGCGCGUUUAACAUUAAAUGAGCGAUGAAAAUGCGGCCGUGUUUCCUCUCAUACCAAAGCCGAUACACAGUUUCCUAAAAAAAAUGCUUCUCGAGAAAGGUAUAAUAGUAAUUCGCGAGAAUAAAAAAUCUAUUUAAAUCUUUAAACUAAACUUAAAGGGACUUUCCAAAAAAUACAUUUUUUGUGUAAAAAAUUUAUUAGUAAUCAACAAAUUAUUAAUUUCUCUUACGCACAAAUUUAGCAAAAAAUAUUAAACACAAAUUUUGUUAAAAGUCUAUUUUAUAUAAUAUUACAAAAAAAAUAUAAUAUCUCCUUUCAGUUCAAUUUCAUUCACUUAUAAAGUUACACAUUAAUUAUUAACUGUCCAAUUAGCAGCUUAGAAAGUCUCAUAACUCUUUUCAAUUAUUUUCAUAAAAACAAGAACGUACAUGUUCAACGAACGUAGCUAUUUAAUUAAGGGACGAAUUUUUGCGAUUGCGGCGAAUGUCGAAUGUCGACACUUUAAUUAUCGUUUUAAACGAUAUGUAUGAGUGUGUAUACGUGCAGGCUUGUAUAAUGAGAGUAUAUUUUAUAUUCGCCCGCGGACGCGCGCAUAUUUUUUAUAUAAUCGCAAGCGGUAAACCAUUAACGUUUUUAUUGUGAUCGUUAAAAUCACAAAAAAAAGAUUAUACCGCGCAAAACCGAGAGAGAUAAAUAAAGUCAAUAAAGGAUGCCGUCUUUGUAAUAUCGAGAUUGUUUUCUUGCGGUACAAGAAAACUAUAUCACAUACAGAGUGUCAUAGAAAAAUAUAAAUUUUAUCAAUUUACUCAUAAUAAAAAAAUCAAAAUCUCGUGACUUUGCAAAUUUUUAUUAUUUUCUUAUUGUACAUGUAAGUUGCCCAUCUGAUAUCAUAAUUAAUUAUGCGUAAUUUAUAUUUAAUAUUAAACACUUUUCUUAGUAAUUUAUCAACAAGAGAAGUUUUGAUAUUUUAACUUUAAGAAUACAGCUUCUUAACGAAUUUUUUGUGACGCUCUGUAUUUAACGAAUCACUGCGAAAAGAAAGGGCAAACGAUUACGCUUCUUCGAUAUAACGCAUUUUGCACCCGGAAAUUCAGAUUUUUCUUAUUUGUAUCUCGUUUAAAAAAAAUUGUAAUUCUAUACAAACAGAGAACCGUUAAAAAUUGCAUAUAACGAAAGGCGAAUAUACUGUUAUUAAAAUGAUCAUAUUUCAUGUGUAUCAUGCGAUAUUUCUAUAGAACGAUAAUUAAUUCAUUGCGGUGAGCACAAUAAUAAAUGGCAUAAAGUAGAGAUGAAAGAAAGGAGAAUAAAUAGAAAGGAAGAGAUUAUAUGUCUUGAGAGUGCAUCUCUGUAAUUAAUAUAAUCGAGUUGACGUACAAGCGUCAUGGUUCUUUGCAGCUGUUACACAUGUAAAUCGUAAGAAAAAAAGGAAGACAAAGAAAGAGAGAGAGAGAGAGAAAGAGAGCCAUUAUUGCUAACUUGUACAUUGUACUAGGAAUGACUUAUUUAUUAAAGUCGCGCGUUGUUAGUUAGCAAACAAAGUCGUGUGUCGUUCAUGAUCGUUCGCUGUUCAUUCGUGAAUAAUCCGUUUUGUAUGUAAAAGAGAUUACAAGAGAAUUAAUAAAAAAAGGAGAGAGGGAGAGAAAGAGAGAGAGAGAGAGAAAGAGAGAAAAAGACCGCGAGAGUGUGAAAAUGUAUGUGUGCGUGUGUGUAAAGUAAAUGGCAUGGAAUAAAUAUAUAAAUAAAAAAAUAUAUAUAUAUAAUGCAUAAUAUAUUGUAUAUGUAAAAAUCGUGUAUUCUCGUAUUGUAACUAGCUGUAAUAAUUUAAUAAAUCCUGUAUAUCGAAACUGUA